AUGCAAAAUUUCAUACAGUUCCGCAAUCUCCGCCUGAAUCGCAGUCUGCUGCUGGUUGUUUUUGCACUCAUAAGUGCUGCCUGCAGUUCCGAGGACUCCGUACAGGCUCCGGUUGCGGCAGCGCCCUCUUACAGCGUUGAUAUUCGCUGGACAAGUUACGGGAUCCCUCAUGUCAAAGCUGAAAACUGGCAAAGUCUGGGUUAUGGGUUUGCCUACGCCACAGCAACGGAUGCGGUGUGUGUGAUUGCAAAAGACGUUGCGAUGGUGAACGGCAAUAUGUCCCGGUAUUUUGGGGACAGCGAUGAACAUCUCGCCAGCGAUGUCUUUCACAAAGCCAUCCUCACUGACGCAAAACUUCAGGAUUACCAGGCCGCGCAGACAGAGCGAACCCACGCCUUUAACGAUGGCUAUGUCGCGGGCUACAACCGCUAUCUGCGUGAUCACCAAGGCACUCUGCCUGCCAGUUGUCAGAAUCAGGCCUGGGUACAGAAUAUUUCCCUGCAGGAUAUGCAUCGACUCGCCAUUGGUGUCGGUAUUCGGUAUGGCCUGGGGCGUUUCCAGAAGGAGAUAGCUGGUGCUUCACCGCGCGAUAUGCUGGAUGAGCAAAAACAGGUUGCAACCAAUACGCAAUGGGAAUGGCCGGCGGGUAUCGGUAGUAAUGCGGUCGCGGUGGGCAGUGCAUUGUCGCAAUCAGGACGCGGAAUGCUCCUGGGUAACCCGCAUUAUCCAUGGCAUGGAUCCUCGCGGUUCCACCUUAUACACACCACUAUUCCGGGAGAAGUGGACGUGAUGGGCACGAGUCUGCUCAACACUUCGCGCGUGGCGAUUGGCUUCAAUAAAGACAUUGCCUGGACACACACCGUUUCGACGGCACUGCGUUUUACGCUCUACCAGCUUGAGCUCAAUCCUGAAAAUCCGAUGGAGUACAAGUAUCAGGAUACGUUCAGGCCGAUUCAGGCGCGGACCCUGCAGGUUGCUCAUGUGGAUGCGCAAGGCAACUCGAAAACAAGUGAGCACACGGUCUAUUUUACCCACUAUGGACCGAUGAUCGAAAAUGAGCAAUUCCUCUGGGGUGAGACCCACGCGUACACCCUGCGCGAUGCAGUGUUAGAUAAUUAUCUGACUGCUGAUACCUAUGAUGCGCUUAACAGUGCGGGUUCGACCGCGGAAGUUGAAGCUGCGAUCAGCAAGCAUGGUGUCUAUUGGACCAACACAAUUGCCGCAGAUCGACAGGGGAAUGCGUUCUAUGCUGAUAUCAGUGGAACCCCGAACGUGGAUGCAGACCUCAUUGAAGCCUGCGGUGUCAGUGUUGAAGGUGCGCCAGAGCGUUUGGUUAUCCUUGACGGAUCGAGGCCGGAUUGUGAGUGGAAGAAUGACCCUCGCAGUGCGGUUCCCGGUGCCCUGCCAGCACAGGACAUGCCGCGCAUAACCCGGCAGGACUAUGUCACCAAUUCCAACGACAGCUUCUGGUUAAGUAACCCAACUGCACCGUUGGAAGGUUACUCCCCGAUUAUUGGUUCUGAACGCAGUGCGCGUUCCUUGCGUACCCGUGCAGGCCUCACUCAAAUGGCGGCUAUGGUGGCAGCGGAAAAUAAAAUUGCGCCAGAUGAUCUUAAAAACAUGCUCUACAAUCAUCGAAAUUAUGGCGCCGAGCUGUUGCUGGACGACGUGUUACAGCUAUGCGAUGAGGAUGCAGAGAUCAAGCCUGCUUGCGAUGCCCUGCAGCAGUGGGAUCGAACCAUGAACGUUGAUGCCAGAGGCGGGCACGUCUGGCGUGAGUUCUGGUCGAUUGCUCGCAAUCUCGAGAAUAUCUACGCAACACCUUUUAAUGUGAAUGAUCCGGUGAACACGCCAGCAGGCAUCAAUCUCAGCGAUGCCGAUGUAAGGUCUGCUUUACGAACGGCUCUGGUUACCGCGCAAACGACUCUGCUGGAGGCGAACAUCGCGCCGGAUGCUCGCCUGGGUGAUAUUCAAUACGCACCGCGCAAUGGCAGGAACAUUCCGAUACCCGGCGGACAAGGCUGGGCGGGUAUGUUCAGUAUGAUUAUGGCGGACCUGGAUGCAGAGAAAGGAUACACACCUAUCGUCCAUGGCAACAGUUACAUCCAGGUGGUCAGUUGGGAUGAACAGGGGGCGCUGCAACCGUCAGCGAUGCUGACCUAUUCUCAGUCUCCUGAACCGGAGUCUCCACACUACAGUGAUUUAACGGAGAUCUAUGCCAAGGGAGGCUGGAUUGACCUGCCUUUUACUGAAGCGGAAAUCGAAGCUGAUCCAAAUCUGCUGGGCAUUCUGAUUUGCCUCUGUGUUGGUUCGCUCGCUCAUGCGGAAUCGCGCAAGGUGACGUUACUGUUUACCAAUGAUUUUGAAAGUGCAUAUGAUCCAACAGAUGCUUUCUGGCGUGAAGAUAUAGAGCAUAUUGGUGGUGUAGCUCAGUUAGCGUCCCUGAUUGAACAGGUUCGAGCAGAAGAAGAACUCGUGUUCCUGUUUGAUGCGGGCGAUAUUUUCACCGGCACUCUGGCGAAACUGACGCAUGGGGCCAUCUCCUUCGAGCUGAUGCUGACAAUGGGUUACGAUGCCAUGGUUAUCGGUAACCAUGAAUUUGAGUACGGCUGGGAGCAGUUUGCCAGGGAAAAAAACCGGGUCCCUUUCCCGGUGCUCGGGGCAAACUUGUAUUACCGCGGCACAGAGCAUCCCUACGCUCAGCCCUACGCGAUCAUAGAGCGUCAGGGGGUUCGAAUUGGUGUGAUUGGUAUUCUUGGUCAGGACGCGGCCACAGCACUUAUUCCCUCCAAUAUUGCCGGCCUGGAGGUGCGCGAUCCCGUCGCUACAACGGCUGCCUACGUAGAUCUGUUGCGUGACACAGUCGAUCUGGUUGUUGUGCUCACCCAUCAAGGUAUGACCGCGCCGAUGCAGACUGAUGACGAAGCGGACCAGACCGUGCAACGCGGAAAUGCUGAAAACCUGGCGCUUGCCAAAGCCGUACCGGGCAUUGACGUUAUUUUUGCGGGGCACACGGAUGCUGGAACCCGCGAUCCCAUUGUCGAUCCCCACAACGGUACGAUCAUUAUGCAGACCUAUGGUCAGGGCCAGCAUUUAGGUUUUCUGCAGAUAGAGCUGGAAGAUCAGGUGGCUGCGCCCGGUCAGGUUUUGCGCCACGGUUAUUCAGGCAAAUUGAUCACCGUCGACAGUGAUUCGCUGCCUGCUGAUGUCCGCAUUGCGUCGAAACUCGCGCGUUUCCGUGCUGAAUACCCGGAAAUUUAUGAACAGAUAGGCUUCAGUCGUCAUUAUCUGCCUCGGCGCUACUAUCGGGAAUCUGGCUUAGGUAAUCUGUUUGCAGAUAUUGUGCGUGAGGCCACCGGAGCUGAUAUUGGCCUGAUGCCCUCAGGGGCGCUGCGCAAAGAUCUUCCUGAGGGUGUGAUCCGCCGUGUUGAUUUGUUUGAUGCGUUUCCCUUUGAGGAUCGCGUGGCAAGUGUCACCGUUACCGGGGCACUGCUAACACAGAUUGUUGAGCAGGGGCUCAGUCUUACCCGUGGCAUCCUGCAGGUCUCUGGAAUGACGGUUUGUUACGAUCCAGCGGCGAACGCGUUUGAGCGGAUACACCAGAUUCAUAUACAAGGCAUCGAUGCCGUUGUGUUGGAAGCGGACGACAAUCUCGGCGGCACCUGGUACCGAAAUCGUUAUCCAGGCGCGCGCUUUGAUUCAGAAAGCUAUACGUAUGGUUAUUCUUUUUCCAAGGAAUUGUUGGAUGAGUGGCAUUGGCAGGAGCGGUUCUCUUCCCAGCCGGAAAAUCUGCGAUACCUCAACUACGUCGCCGACAAAUUCAACCUGCGUCGCCAUAUGCGCUUUGACUCUAAAGUGGAAUCAAUGCACUGGGACGAAGAAUCACGGCUCUGGCAUCUGCAGCUUGAGCAAGGUGGACGUUAUACCGCUCGAUUUGUAAUAACCGGGAUUGGUGUUUUGUCGGUGCCUACGCUGCCUCGCUACCCGGGUAUGGACACGUUUUCUGGCGAUGCUUUUCACACGUACUGGUGGCCGAAGGAAGCGGUACCUUUAGCGGGGCGUCGGGUAGGCGUUGUCGGAACAGGGGCGACGGGUAUUCAGGUUAUCAGUGAGAUAGCUGACAAAGUUGGUGAGCUUACCGUUUUUCAGAGGCGACCUAACUGGAGCACUCCGCUGAAUAACUCGCCCAUCUCUAUUGCAGAGAUGGCUGGCAUUCGCGCCCGAUACGACGAAAUUUUUGCCAAUUGCGCAGCCUCGCCAAAUGGUUUUGAACAUGUCCCCGACAGCCGUGGUUUUUAUGCCCUGACGCAUGAACAACGCGUGGCGUUCUGGGAUGAACUCUACGACAAACCGGGUUUUGCCAUUCUUGCAGGCAAUUUUCCGGAGAUCUUUUUUGAUGAAGCGGCCAACCAAGAAAUGUCGGAUUAUGUGGCCAAUCGCAUCCGUCAGAGGGUCAGCAAUCCAGAAGUUGCGGAACAGCUGAUCCCUAAAGAUCAUGGCUUUGGCAUGCAGCGCCUGCCCCUGGAAACCCGCUAUUUUGAAGCCUAUAACCGCGAUAAUGUGUCGUUGGUGAAUAUUUCCGAAACGCCGAUUGAACGUAUGACAGCAACAGGUAUUCAAACCACAGCAGCCCACUUUGAUCUUGACAUGAUUGUCUACGCUACCGGCUUUGACGCCAUCACCGGUGGCUUUGACCGGAUAAACAUCACAGGCGUAGAAAAUCAGACCCUCAAGCAAAAAUGGCGUGAUGGACCAAGUACUUUUCUUGGUGUUCUGACCCAUGAUUUUCCGAACCUGCUGAUGGUGGCAGGUCCGCAGAGUGUCUCUGGGUCUACAAAUUUUCCCCGGGCGAUCGAAGGCGGCGUGAACUGGGUAACGGACCUGCUGAAACACGCUCGUGCUGCGGGACACACACGAAUAGAGGCGCAAUCCGAAGCUGAGCAAGGGUGGGUGGAAGAAGUUGUACGCGCCCACGAGAAGAUGCUGGCAAGGCGCAGCCAAGGUUGGUUUACUGGGUACAAUUCUAAUGUCAGCGGGCACGAAGCGGGCACGGUACGUUAUCAGGCCUACUUCGGUGGUGGCCCCAAAUAUGCCAACAUUCUGGCGCAGUGUGCGGCAGAAGGUUAUCAACAGAUCGAUAUGAGCUAA